AUGCAUUCCGCUUCCAUCGUAUCUGUUCUCGGCUUGGCCGUUGCUGCCAACGCCCACAUGAAGAUGAACACCCCCGCCCCCUGGGAGCCCAUCUCCAACGCCCCCUCAGCGAAGGGCCAGGCUUCCGAUCUCAAGUUCACUGGCUCCGCUGUCCACGGCGGUGGUUCUUGCCAGCUCUCCCUCACCACCGACCUUGAGCCCACCAAGGACAGCGUCUGGAAGGUGAUCAAGUCCUUCGAAGGUGGCUGCCCCGCUGCCGGUAUCGCCGGCAACAACGGCGACAACGCCGCCGCCGCUGGUCCCACCGACUACACCUUCGAGAUUCCUCCGACGUCCCUGCCGGAAACUACACCUUCUCCUGGGAGGGUGAUGAUACGGCUUUCCCCAACCCCGGAAAGCGGCGGUGCCACCAAGACUGCCGCUCCCGCUACUCCUGUCGAGGAGACUCCUGUUGAGGAGUCCCCUGUCGAGGACGACGAGGACGAUGAGGAUGAGGAUGACAGCACUCCCGUUAUCGAUGUUCCCGUCAACAACGGCGAGAGCGGUUCCGGCUCUGGCUCCGACUCUGGCUCUGGCUCUGGCUCCGCUGGUGCCUUCGCUCAGGGUACCGCCUGCACCCAGGAGGGAUUCUGGAACUGCAUUGGCGGAAACUCGUGGCAGCGCUGCGCUAGCGGCUUCUGGUCUGCCGUCCAGCCCGUCGCUAGGGGUACCUCUUGCGCUGCUGGCGUCACCCAGAACAUUCAGAUCACCAAGCGUGAUGGAACUCCUUUCCGCCUCAGCGCCAAGUUCCUCAUGUAA